UUCCUUGAACGCGAGCGCUCGGCGGCGGCAGUGCCAUAAAAGGGCGCGUGGGGUGGCAGCGAGCGAGCGGGCUAGGAACGCGAAGGGUAUGGCCGGUGGGUCGGCGAGGGCGGUUGGUUUCGUGACUUGUGCAACCCAGCACCCCACUCGGACGGGGUUGUCGUGCAGACCCCGCUGCCAGGCAACGCCGGUGUAAACAUUCGUGAGACGAGGGUAGAGCCGCGAGGCGAACGUCUCUCUCGCAGCCAGGUCGUCACCGCAGCAGGCACGCUCAGGCAUGAAGCGCGAGGCGGAUGCAGAGAUGGGCCCGUCGACGAAAAGGACCCGCUCCGGAGAUGACAUUGACGUCCGUCUUCUCAUCCCCAGCAAGGCUGCAGGCUCUGUGAUCGGCAAAGGUGGUCAUAACAUAACUAAGCUGCGCACUGAGUACAAAGCCUCGGUUACAGUCCCAGAUUGUCCCGGCCCAGAACGGAUACUGACCGUUGUCGCUAACCCAGACACUGCCCUUGAAAUAAUUAAGGAAGUUAUUCCAUGUCUUGAAGAACAACCUCGCAGCCAGGGAAGCACCCGUUCCGAGGAUGUCGACAUACGUAUUUUGGUGCACCAGAGCCAGGCUGGAUGCAUCAUUGGCAAGUCCGGCUUUAAAAUCAAAGAACUACGAGAAAAAUCUGGUGCCAAAAUUCGCAUUUACAGUGACUGCUGCCCGCAGAGCACAGAUCGCAUUGUUCAAAUCCAAGGCCGACCACAAGUGUGUCUCGAGUGUUUGAAGGAAAUCAUUGCCCUUGUGCGCACUUCUCCAGUGAAGGGGCUGAACAACCCGUACGACCCGCACAAUUUCGAUGAGUUCUACGCUGGCGAGUAUGGCGGCUUCGGUGACCCGUCGGCCAAGCCCGGAAUGCGAGGCGCACCCAACAUGCGCGGGGGCAUGGCCGGCCCCCCACCAAUGGGGCGCGGAGGCGCCCGCUUUGGACCUAAUAUGGUCCCGCACAGCCCUGACGGCUUUGGCUACGGAGGGCCACCUGGGCGCAACAUGCCUCCCAAUCGCGGCGGCUAUGGCGGAGGCGCACGUAACUUUGGUGGCGGAGGCGGUGGAGGAGGAGGCGGUGGUGGUGGUGGUGGCGGCGGCGGUAACGUUCAGAAUGACUGGACCGAGGACACAAUGAACUCCGGCGGUCCGCAGCAGGGUCCCAAGACCCAAACCCAAGUCACCAUUCCUAAAGAUUUGGCUGGAGCCAUCAUCGGCAAAGGCGGUGCACGCAUUCGUAAGAUCAGGUCUGAGUCAGGUGCCGGCAUCACAAUCGACGAGCCUCUUCCCAACUCAAAUGAUCGCGUUAUCACCAUCACGGGCACGGAUGCCCAGAUCCAGAUGGCACAAUACUUGCUCCAGCAAAGUGUUCGGGAAAACUCCGAUCGCAAGUUCUAACCGUGGCCAUCAGCAGCAAACAAUUGACAGAUGUAACCUCUUCCUAAACAUUUGAAACUGUACUUUAUCGCUACUCUGCUUUGAGCGCAUUUUUAAUCAAUACUUAUUUUGAUGUUAAAGCGUAGAUCAUGGUCGCUUUUUGUGAAAUAAAGAUAUUUGCUGUGUAA